UUAAUUUGGCAUAUACGAACGAAAAUCGUAAUUUAUCUACCCUCAUUACCUUCAUACAUUUCCUCUAUUUCUUUUCUACUACAAUAUGUGACAACCUAACAUUUUUUAGCAUUUCUCCUUCUCAAACUAUGUUGAAAUACGAUAAAAAAGCUUAAACUCACAACGAAAAUACAUGAUGGCCAAAUUCAAAGGAAAAUAUAGUCAGUAACCCUUAACUUCACUAAAUAUAAAUAUUUUUCUUGAAACCUACCUUCUUCAAAAUACAAACAUUUUCUUUUUUGUAUUAUUGAGUAACGAUCAAUUGCAUGUUUAGUACAAUAUGAAGUGAGGGGAUUCACAUUCACUUUAUCAUUAUUUAAAUACAAGAAAAAUGAGUACAAACAAUAUUGACUAGAGUUGGGUGAGAGAGGAUUUAAACAAUCGCAUACCAUGAUACCAAAUUAAAAAACUGAAAAAUCAAACUAAGACUAACGAACUUCUAGUAUAAAGUUGAUUAUCUUGAUUUGUAUUUGAAAAAAUGUAUUGGUUUGAAUUGAUUUUUUAUUAAAAAAAUCAAUCAAAAUCAAACCGAACCAAUUGUUAGAAACUAACUUUUGAGUCUCAAUUAGGUACCUUUUUAUGAGUCGUGUAUAUUUGUAAAACCAAUUAUUAUAUAGAGUCAAUAAGAAAAAAAAAACAAAAAUGUUAUGUUUUAAUUCAUUCAUAUAUAUAUAUAUAUAUUAAAGUAUAAACAGAGCUAACUUUGAUUUAAAAUUAAAUGAGGCAUUUACAAAAUGUUCAUUAAGUCUUAUUUUUGCUUCAAAAAGAAAACAAGCCAAAAUUGCCAACACACAACUAAUAACAAUUAUAUAUAUUAUUCUUCAAUGCCAAACUUUUAGGUUGUUCUUAAUUAACCUACCACCUUAACUAAUCAACAUUUUAUAACUUUAUAAACAAUUAAUAUAUUUAUUAUCAUCUUCUUGAAUAAUAUAUAUUUAGAAAUUGUUUCUGAAAAAGUAAACCUUCCAUUAUUCCCUUUAAUAACAUAAUGUAAUCACCAUUCAAAAUGAAUUAGCCGUUGAAGAAAUUAAUUAAUUGAAAGAAUGAAAAUGGGAUUAGUCUAAAUAAAAUGUCAUCAUCAUAUAUCAUUAUUCAAAUGGUUGUGAUUUUCAAAAGAAGCAAAAAGUAAACGGUAGACUUUUCAAAUUUAGAAACUAUUUCAUCUUCAAAAUAUAGAUUCUCUUUUUAUCUUUGGCAUUUCAUUUGAAAAAUAUGUGAGAAUUUGUUUAUCCAUAGACAGAAAAAUAUGGAGGUGACAUUUUUGUCCAGAGAUACUAUCAAGCCUUCUUCUCCAACUCCCCUAACCUUUGAAUCUUUUCAUCUUUUGUGUAUCGAGGAAACGUCUCCUUUGGUUUAUACUCCUCUUUUUCUUUUCUAUCCGAGGAUUAGUAAUGAUGAUGAUUCAGGAGAGUAUAAUCCAGAAAUUGAUACACUAAAAAACUCUCUAUCUGAAAGUAUAAAUCGUUUCCUGUUUCUUGAAGGAGAAAUCGUUGGUGAAUCCAUUCGUUGCAACUAUGAAGAGAUCAUCUUUGUCAAAGCAAAAGUUACUGGUAAGAUAUCUGAAAUCUUCGUGGGAUCAAAUAACGAUACUUCUUUAAUGAAACUCGUCAUGUAUUCUACGUUCAACACUGACCCAGAUGAUAAAUAUGCUCUAAUUGGUGUACAAGCCAACAUUGUGGAGUGUGGUGGUGUUGUGAUAUCUCUUUGUUUGUUACACGAAGUUAUCGAUCCAACAACUCUAAGUCAUUUUCUUAGAUCGUGGUUCGAUAUUAAUACGUCGUCUUUCAAUUGUCUUCCUAGUAUGGCCUGUUCUGACUUCGGACCACUCUUUCCACUCUUCGAUCCACAACAAAAACAAGUCUUGCUUUCCUCCAACAAUAAUUCUCAACAAAAAGCUUCUUUCCAAAGCCUUGUGUUCAAAGACGAUGAAAUCCCAAUUCUCAAAGAUAGAGCAAAAUCCAGUGAUGUCCAAAAUCCAACAUGUGUGGAAGUGCUUUUAGGGUCCCUUUGGAAAUGUAUAUUGGAAGUUGUAUUAUUGCAAAGUACAACAAAUUCUGAUCGGCCAUCAAUUUUGACACAUGCAAUUAUAAACUUGAACACCAAAAUGCUAUCUUCUAAUUCAUUGCCAAGAUCAUUCUCAGUGGGGAAUUUUUGGUGGAUUGAGGUAGCUGAUCAUUAUGUAGAAAAUGAGAAAACCCAAAUGGAGCUAAGUAAUUUGGUGAGAUUUUUAAGAGAGUCAUUUCAAGAAAUGAAUGGUGAUAGUUAUUCUUGGUUAAAAAGUUUGGUGGGAAAUCAAGGAGAUAGAGUUAUCUCCAAGUUGUUAUCAGCUGAAAUAAUCCCAAAAUUGUACAUAUGCACAAAUUGGGAAAACAUAGAUCAAUUGAAUGAGUUUGGAUGGGGAAAUACCAUAUGGAUCGAAUCGGAUACAACGUCAAAGAACAUUGGUAUUUUGUUGCGCACCAUAAGAGAUAAUGAAAUAGAGAUAUGGAUGGUACUUGAUGAGGAAGAAAUAGAACUUUUAGUACAAAAUGAAGAAUUUUGUGGUUUUGUGAAUCUAACUUUCCCUUAGAAAUUAAAUUACUAAACAUUGAAAAGUAAAAAAAUUCUUUGUUUUGUUUCGAUGAUAAUAUUGAUGAAACACAUUAUUGAUUUAGGCUAGCAAUGUAUAUUCCCAUAUGUAUAUACGUAUUCACAAUUAUUAUCUUCUAACAUUUGUGUUAUUGAGCAAUAAUUGAUUUAUUAAUGAUAUGUUCUCAAAUACCCAUGUAUCAUAUAUAAUAUACCUCAAACCAUCAAUAACACUUGGAGUAUUAUUUUAAUA